GUUGUGUGUUCAUUCUACGUGACUGAACUCUCAUUGGGUUAUUUUUAGUUGCCACUAUGUUAGAAGACAUUAAUGAUGUGAAGCAGAAGUAUGAGGAGAUAUGCUCGGUGGAGAAGAGUAAGGAUGAUAUUAUUCAGUGUCUCUUCUCUCGUGUUGAAUCUCUCCAUGACGAGCUACAAAAGGAAAAAGAUGGUGUUGACAAUGACAAGAGGCAUAUUGCCUUACUCAAUAAUGAAAACAGAAGGAUUGAAACUGAGCUUAACUAUAUGCGUCGAGAGCAGGCUAGAUUGAGUUAUGUUUCUGUGCUGGUCGAUGGGGAUGGAAUGAAUUUUCGUGAACAAUACGUUCAGGGUGGGCAGACAGGAG